AUGACCGGCUGGGAGGAGUACACUUUCGUCCCUAAGCCAGAGUCAUUUUUCAAGGUCAAUCAUCCUGAAUUGCCUCUGUCGUACUACACGGGUGUCCUUGGCAUGCUCGGCCUUACUGCUUGGGCUGGAUUCUUCGAUGUGGGCAAGCCCAAGAAAGGCGACUAUGUCUUCGUCUCAGCAGCAUCAGGCGCCAUUGGUCAGCUUGUUGGGCAGUUUGCUAAGCUCAUUGGCUGUUAUGUGGUCAAUCUUCUGAAAUCCAAGUUUGGCUUCGAUGAAGCAUUCAACUACAAGAAAGAGCAGGACCUGGUUGCCGCCUUGAGGAGGUACUUCCCGUUCCCAGAGGGCAUUGACAUCUACUUCGAGAACGUGGGUGGCCGAACACUGGAGGCCGUGCUAUCCAACAUCCGCAACCAUGGGCGGAUCCCUACCUGCGGGAUGAUCUCGCAGUACAACCUGGAGGAGCCAGAGGGCGUGCACAACCUGUUCGAAAUCAUCGGCAAGCGCGUGCGCAUGGAGGGUUUCAUGGUCUUCGACUACUACGGCCAGUACCACAAGUUCGAGCAGGAGAUGGUCGGGUACCUCAAGGAUGGAAAGAUUACCUACGUCGAGGACAUCGCUGACGGCUGGAGAAGGCGCCGGCGGCUCUCAUCGGGCUCUUCACAGGGCGCAACGUCGGCAAGCAACUGGUCACCGUCGCUUGGGAGUGAGUAUGACGCUAAUAUCUACCCGGAGAGUUGA